CGGCGGAGAAGUUCCGAAAGAGUCCAGGAAGGUUGGUUCCCCCGAACACCGCGCCUCCUCAUGUUUGCGCUCCUGCUUCACACCCGCGUGAACUGAGGGAGAAGAGAGAAGGAGCACCGACGCCGUGGCCGGCCACCCGAUUCCAGGAGAGGGAUAUAUUUUCCUUCUGCAUUCCUUAUGGAGUCGUACAGAGUGACAAACAUUCCUAACAGCGGUCUGCAGCAGGGCUACAGCCAGCCCUCCCGCCCUUCCAGGGCUCAUAAUAACGGUGCUGGGACAUAUGGCCUCAGCAUCCGUGUCCAGGGUAUAGAUGGACAUCCUUAUGUCGUUCUUAACAACCAGGACAGGGGUCCUCCAUCGCCUACUGACCCUAACAGCAACGGGUACAUCGACACAGAGGGCUCUUUCAUCGAUAACUACCAUGAGUAUGAUUUCAGAGGAAGCAAAGAAUCGAGCUCUAACAGCCCCUUCGUGGAGUACAGGUCUCAGAAGUUGAUGCACUUUACUGGUGCCCAUAACGGCGCUUCAGAUUCUCAAGGAAAGAAACCAUCGACGCUUUUGAACUUCCAAAAGCAUCCCGAGAUUCUGCAGCCUUAUGAUCCGGAAAACAACUCUCUAAACCUCGACGGUUUUCACAGCUUGCCUUCACAGUCUCCAUCUCUUACUGAGAUGGAGGCUCAUAAAAAAAGCUCUUCUUCCAGAUCUACUUUACCUGUGGUGUCUCACAGCAAGUCAUCAAGCCUGGACGAGAGUAAAGCUGGUCAGGUUCACAGUCACACUCAGACCGCCGCUUCUAAGCCCCAAACUAAACAGGAACAGUCCCAACCUUUGCCUCAAGCCCAGCUUGCACAGCCCCAGGCCCGGCCACAACCCCAGGUGGCCCAGUCCCAGUCCAAAACCCGACGUUCACCUCCGUCCAACCCCUUUCCUAAACCGCAUUCUCAGCCACAGCGCCAGCCGAUGCCGGCACCACAGCCUCCACCCGCAGCUGUCUCCAGCCCCACUGGUGAGCAGAAUAAGACCGCUUGCAGAUCUCCCAGCACCAUCAGCAGUGCCAACUCCAGCCUGGAGCGCUCCCGCCGGGAGCCUGAUGUCCUCCCUCUACGCAGGACCGACUCCAGUGGACCUGUCCUGCAGACCUCAUCUCGCUCACGCCACUCUUCCACCUCCUCCAACAACACCACCAAGGCCUUGCUGGAUGACCAGAUGGAGGUCCUGUAUGCCGACACCAUCAACCGCCACCAAAACCGCCGCUACAUCCCCUUCCUCCCUGGCACAGGCAGGGACAUUGACACGGGCUCCAUUCCUGGUGUGGAUGAGCUCAUCGAGAAGUUUGAUGUUAAAGAUGGUAGCCAGCAACGAAGGGGCAGGGCGGGGCGCAGGAACAGGAUCAACCCGGAGGACAGAAAACGCUCGCGCAGCGUGGACAGCGCUCUGCCGUUUGGCUUGCGCGAAGCGUCUAACUAUAUGGAUGAGUUUAGCAAACACCAGGGCACCUCCAUGGAGCAUGUCCUACGACCCUCACAGCUCCGACUCCAGAAGGUGGCCGGCAUCCACAACUCCUCAUCUUCAGUGGUGGACGGUAAGACCAACUCAAGAGCUUCUGCAUCUGGCACCAGCACACCCACCUCGCCACAGAGCACCGUGUCUAAAGGAGUCGGCUCCAUUCAGGGGUACAAAAAGCCGCUGAGCCGAUCCUCUACUCUGCCAUCAAGCGCUAAAGGUGGUGAAGAGGGCGCAUCUUUGACAAGCAAAGAAACAGCAAACGCGAAAUCGUCCCUUCCCAAGACCUCUUCCACCUCAGGCAAAAAGCCGAGCGCAGAGGGCGACGUCCAGGUGACACCUGAUCUCCUGAAAGGUCAGCAGGAGCUUUCACAACAAACACACGAAGAGACGGCAAAACAGAUUUUGUUCAAUUACCUGAAGGAUGGAAGCAAUGAUAAUGACGACACCACCAAGAGGAAGGUCAACCUGGUGUUUGAGAAGAUCCAGACAUUGAAGUCGCGGGCGGCGGGGAGCGUUCAGAGCGACAACAAAUCUGUAGAUUUCGCUGCCCAGACCAAAGCCCUGCAGGAGCAGAACGCUGAGCUGGAGAAGCAGUUAACUAACCUGAAGACGAAACUUGAUGAAGAAGCCGCGAAGGGUAAUUUGGAGUUGGAUGAGAAGACGGUGAAGGGCUUGCAGGAGCUGCAGAAGGAGCUGGAGAGGAGCAUGAAGGAGUGUUCUGACCUGAAGGAGAAACUCAACAAGACGGAGGCGGAGCUGCAGAACACGCUGGAAGAGCUGUUCCAGGUGAAGAUGGAGAGGGAACAGUACCAGACAGAAAUCCGAGACCUGCAGGACCAGCUGUCGGAGAUGCACGAUGAACUGGACACCGCCAAGAAAUCACCGGCUGACGGCGACAGAGACGCCAUCGUGGCGGACUUGAUGCAGCUGAAGAUGGAGUUGCAGGAAGUUGUCUUGGCCAAGGAGGAGCAGGAGGAGAUCCUGAGGCGGCGGGAGAGGGAACUGACGGCGCUGAAAGGAGCCCUGAAAGAGGAGGUGGCCACUCACGACCAGGAGGUGGAUAAGCUCAGGGAGCAGUACGAGAAGGAGAUAAGCCGGCUGCAGACAUGUCUGGAGGAGGCCAAGCAGAACAAAGCCACGGUGAGCCGGGAGAAGGCUGAAGUGGAGGCGGCCAAAGGGGCCGUGGAGGGGCAGGCCGGGCGUCUGACGCAGGAGGCCGAGCGACUCCGUAAGCGAGCGCAGGAGCUGGAGAACGAAGUGGCCAAACUCAACCGAAUCAUCGAUGAGGCCAAGCUGCAGGAGAGCCGGCUGGGAGACAGGGUGGUCAGACUGGAGAGAGACAAGAAACACCUGGACGAGUCUUUGUCUGAAAUUAAAGAGCAAGAAGAAGAGAUGUCCCGUGCCAACCGAGCCCUGACCACUCGGCUAGAGGACGUGCAGAGGAACUUUGCCAAACUGAGCGGCGAACACAAAGAGCUGGAGGAGAGGUUGAAGGAGGAGAAGGCUCAGAAGGAGUUGUUCAAGAACACGAAGAACGAGAUUGAGGACGAGAGGAGGCUGCUGGACCGAACAGUAGAGAAACUGCAGAGGGAGAUGAACGAGAUUGUGGUGGCGUCACAGUCGUCCACGCAGGAGCUGCAGGAGCAGAUUGAUAUCUAUAAGGAGAAGAACCGGCGGGAGCUGUCCGAGCUGCAGAGGCAACUGAAAGACAGAAGUCAGGAGCUGGAGACGUGUCGUCUGGCUGCCAAGACCCUGCAAGGAGAGCUCUCCCUCCGAGACGAGGAGCUCCGCCACUGUAAGCGGGAGCGAGAUGAGGCGGUGGUGAAGGAGAAGACGCUGGCGGAGAGGAUCCGUCAGCUGGAGGCGGAGGUGGAGACCAGCGGCCAGGCUAAAGACGAUAAAUCCAGACACGCCAAGCUGAUGGAGGACAGGAUUUCCCAGCUGGAGUUGGACCUGGACGAGGAGCGUCGGAGCGGAGACCAGCUGAUGGACCGGAUAGACCGAGGGAGAGAGCAGGUGGAGCAGAUGAGGAAUGAUCUACUGCAGGAGAGAGCCAGCCGACAGGACCUGGAGUGUGACAAGAUUGCCCUGGAGAGACAGAAUAAGGACCUGAAGAGCAGGGUGACCCACCUAGAGGGUUCCCAGAAAUCCAACAAAGAGGGUCUGGUGGCCCAGCUGGAGCUCCGCAUACAGGAGCUGGAGGAGCGGCUGGAGGGGGAGGAAAGAGAGCGAUCCAACCUGCAGCUGGCGAACCGCCGGCUGGAGAGGAAGGUGAAGGAGAUGAUGAUGCAAGUGGAUGAAGAACAUCACUCAAUGCAAGACCAAAAGGACCAGCUGAACCUGCGUCUGAAGGCCCUGAAGAGGCAGAUGGAUGAGGCUGAAGAAGAGAUCGACCGUCUGGAACACAGUAAGAAGAAACUACAGAGAGAUCUGGAUGAACAGCAAGAGGCCAACGAGCAACUACAGAGCCAGCUCAAAGCUCUGCGCAAUGAGAUCCGGCGUAAGAGCAGCUCUGCUCCCCUGCUCACCAACCUGGAUGAUGACGAUGAUGAUGAUGAUGACAUCAGCACCGAUGGAGAGACCUACUUCAGCUCUUCCUACAAACGUUCUUCCAGUCAGGACAACAUCAUGUCCACCUUCACUCUGUGACACAAACACACAUACACAAACACACACAUUCCCACACACACACACACACACACUUGUGGUUGGACUGAAACUUUGACAUGAAGUGAAAACUUGCCUCCAUGUGUUUGUGAUGUUCAUGUGUUGUGGGUUUUUCUCCGAGGCGGCCUUAUGAUCACUCAAAGCUCAUCUUGCAGUCUAACACGUGAUUCAAAUCAUCACCUGUGUUUGACGUGGAAAUCCAUCGGCAGAUAGAAUUAACACUGUUUUACAGUAAAUCAACCCCGGGUGUGUUUGGUUUGUCCAAAAAAGGUCAUUUUAAUUUGAAUAGAGCGGAUCGGAGAUGAUUUGAUCACUAAACGAGUCUUGAUUCUUGUUUGUCAGUUUGGAAGUGACCUGUUCACACUUGCUGUUCUCAAGAAACACACACACACACACUUAAUGUAAUUAGCAAGAAGUGUGAAUUCUGUGCCAGACUGGAUUUCCUCUGACCAGCUGUGAGUUAAUCAGACGUGGUGCCCUCAGACAGAGGACGCAUCACGCUGACAGGAAGAACUGCUGAUCAGACCCAUCACCACUAUCAAUCAGUACAUAGUGAUCAGUACAUGAGUAAUAGGACACUUAUAAGCACUUAUAACACACUUAUCAACAUAAGCAGACCUACUACUACUACUACUACUACUACUACUACUACUACUUUCAGCUGCUACCACUAGGGGUCGCCACAGCAGAUCAUCCGUUUCCAUCUCUUCCUGUCUUCUGCAACUUCCUCCAUCACACCAGCCACCUGCAUGUCCUCCCUCACCACAUCCAUAAACCUCCUCUUUGGCCUUCCUCUUCUCCUCUUCCUUGGCAGCUCCAUAUUCAGCCUCCUUCUCCCAAUAUACCCAGCACCUCUCCUCCACACAUGUCCAAACCAUCUCAAUCUUGCCUCUCUUGCUUUGUCUCCAAACUGUCCAACCUGAGCUGUCCCUCUAAUGUACUCGUUCCUAAUCCUGUCCUUCUUCAUCACUCCCAGUGAAAAUCUUAUCAUCUUCAUCUCUGCCACCUCCAGCUCCUCCUCCUGUCUUUUCAUCAGUGCCACUGUCUCCAAACCAUACAACAUAGCUGGUCUCACUACCAUCUUGUAAACCUUCCCUUUAACUCUUGCUGGUACCCUUCUGUCACACAUCACUCCUGACACUCUUCUCCACCCACUCCACCCUGCCUGCACUCUCUUCUUCACCUCUCUUCUGCACUCCCUGUUACUUUGGACAGUUGGCCCCAAGUAUUUAAACGCAUCCACCUUCGUCACCUCCACUCCUUGCAUCCUCACCAUUCCACCGUCCUCCCUCUCAUUCACACAUAGGUAUUCCGUCUUGCUCCUACUGACUUUCAUUCCUCUUCUCUCCAGUGGAUACCUCCACCUCUCCAGGCUCUCCUCCACCUGCACCCUACUCUCACUACAGAUCACAAUGUCAUCUGCAAACAUCCGCAGCAUAAGCAGACCGCUUAAGAAUAUUAGUGGCCAUUUAAUAAUCUCUAGGUGAGCGUUAAUAGCAGCAUCACAGGGCUGAAGGCUUAGUUAAGACACAAACGAUGAAGACGCUCAAUAUAAUAUUAGAAGACAUGUUACUAAGAUGGUUAUUAAUAUUUUGAAGCCGUCUACUGACGCUAACUAGUGCAUGGUAAGCUCUUAUGAAGGUCCUAUUACUCAUUUAUUGAUCAGCUGCUCAUCAUAAAGCCCAUCAGGCGUGUUGCGUACAGCAACACGCCACAGCACCUGCUGUACUUAGAAAAGUCCUGUUAAUAUUUGUGGAUUCAAGUAUAAAACAAUACAUUUGUAUUGAAUGACCUGAGUUGUGAUUAUCUGAGGUGGAGAGACGUGUGUUUAUUUAUUCAGGCCUGGACAUUCAGAGGCGAAAGACGGCUCAGUUACCGCUUUUAGAGAACUUUGUAUGAGGGACUUUGUAAACAUUCAUUUUAUAUGAUUUUUAUAUCAUCUUUAUCUUGACAUGUGUAGACAUUAUAUUCUCUGCAGAGGGACAUGUGGGCUUUGUGCGAGGUGUGUGUUGCUGAACAACGUAUUUACAGUAUUCCCUCAGUAUUUACUGGAAACCCUGUGGACCUCCUAUAGCAUCAGCAUGCUUUACUUCCUUCUUUACUUCCGUACAUCUAAUCUGCUGCUGGACUGUCCUGCAGCUGUGGUGUCCUGGUGUCCUGCAGCUGUGGUGUCCUGGUGUCCUGCAGCUGUGGUGUCCUGGUGUCCUGCAGCUGUGGUGUCCUGGUGUCCUGCAGCUGUGGUGUCCUGGUGUCCUGCAGCUGUGGUGUCCUGGUGUCCUGCAGCUGUGGUGUCCUGGUGUCCUGCAGCUGUGGUGUCCUGGUAUCCUGCAGCUGUGGUGUCCUGGUGUCCUGCAGCUGUGGUGUCCUGGUGUCCUGCAGCUGUGGUGUCCUGGUGUCCUGCAGCUGUGGUGUCCUGGUAUCCUGCAGCUGUGGUGUCCUGGUGUCCUGCAGCUGUGGUGUCCUGGUGUCCUGCAGCUGUGGUGUCCUGGUGUCCUGCAGCUGUGGUGUCCUGGUGUCCUGCAGCUGUGGUGUCCUGGACCACAUGUCUAGCUGUUAGGUAAUUGUGCAAAGCGGCACAUCGGAAAGCUUUUCACCUGUCCAUCAGUGGCGGCUGGUGAUAAAAACAUUUUUUUGGGGGGGGGGCACAGUGUACCUUGGCGCAGCACACCUGACAGCUGCUUUAAUGUCCACACAGCCACAGUUAUUAAGAAGGACAACGUAGCGUAUAGAUUUUAUCAGCAUUCCUAGACGGUGGAUGAUUGACAGUCGAGACGAGGCAUCGUGGUGGGUGUGAACAUGAUUGACAGCCACGAGAAUUGUCCAAUCACAUCAGAUCAAAACACAUUAAAACGAUACCAAUUCACUGCCAAUUAAAGUGGGAGUGUCUGGAAAAUCUGAAGAAACCAAUCAGACAGCAGCCUCAGGUCACCUGCUCGCCACAAGUUUGAGGGCUUACAUAAGGCAUGGUUUGGCCGGCGCCCCUCGCCCAGGAAGUAUAUGUAUUCAGACAGGAAGUACAUGUAUUCAGACAGGAAGUAUAUGUAUUCAGAUAGAAACCAACCAAACACCAUUUGAACCAAUAUUUAAUGGCUGCUGACAGGCGCUCACAGACUGAAAACACUUUUAUUUCAUCAUUAUUUGCAUUAUACAACUAAAUUAUAUUGAACAUGUUUAAGUAGAUUUUCAUCUCUUGAUAUUUGAAGGGGGUGGGGGGGCGCCCCGUACUGGCCAGCCGCCACUGCUGUCCAUGUGUUGUCUGACGGCAGAUGAGACGGUUCGCAUCUCACAUCUCUGGUAAAUUCUCCACAAACGACACAGUGUUAACGCUGAACAAGCUCUAUGAACAAAUCUUCCCUUUCCUUUGUGUUUGCUGACCUCGUGUGUUUGAAACCUGCCCCGUCUGCCACUUCUCCGUUUCUCCUAUAUGGUGUCCUGUCCGCCCUUAUGCAAUUACAUAGAAAGAGGGAGUUUCCGCGGAGGAGAUGUUCUGACAAUCGGAUCGUUUGUUUUGUUUCUACGCUGUGAUAAUUUGCACUCUCUUGUCGCCUCAUUUUGUUACACGAGUCCAAAUCUGCUGCCUGUGAAGGCAGAGGCGAUGAAGAGGAGCUCCUGCCACUACCUCUCUGUACUAGAUGUGUGUGCGUGUGCGUGCAUGUGUGUGUGUGUGUGUGUGUAUGUGUGUGUCUGUUUUCUGAGGCUAAAAAUCCUGCUGAUACUAAAAUAAAGUUACCCUUCAGUUAAU